AAUAUUUAUCUCAAAACCAAAACACCGAAUCAGUUUCGAAAAAUAAACGAACCGAAUUGAACAGCUGAGUCGCGUCCAUGUGAGCUAAAGGAAAAUGAAGGACAAUGAUGAGGAACCAAGUCCUUUGAGGAUGAACCAGGAGAAUACCAUCCAUUGUCGGGGAUGCAUGUGCUGGAGCCUGACGGAAAGUGGGGAAAAGACUGAUCAGUGCCGCUCUCCGUCAUCUCGUCAUGCAUUCGGGCAUCAGUCCUUCGAGGAAAGGGAGAAAUGCGCACGAGACCUCUUUGGUCAAAGUAGGAAGGAGAAGGUUUCGACACUCCAAAAGAAGUCUGGUUCUGAGUUGAAAGGGACAGUCGAUUCGACGCCUACCGUGUUCUUUGGUGGAGCCAAGGAGUUUUUGGAUUGCAGUGAUGGUUUAGCACGAUGGGAGGGGGGUGGCGACGUCAAGGAGGUUUCGUGUGAUAGUGGCUCUACCUCAGGUGAUGACAUCAGUGUGCAGAUUUAUUCACAAGAUGAAGAUGAAGAUAAACAUGAAGGGUCAUCUUUAGCAAAGGAGGGGAUGGAGGAUGCCUUCCUCUGUUUCGGCUGCGGGAACCUGGAAUCGAAGAAGGUGAAGGCUGGCCAAUCUCCAAAACAAAAAGGGAUCAAUCCACUGAAAGACAUUGGCUUGUUAGCACCCCUAGGAAAACUACCAGCAAGAAAACCUUUCCUUGACUAUGGCUUAUAUAACAGAAAUCAGUGCAGAAUUCACCAAGAUGACCUGACUUACAAUCACGACCAGUUGAUGGAACCGGAUGUAAAUUCAGGUCCAAGCCAGUGUGUGGGUAAAACCAAUGAGGAUAUAUCACAAAGCCAGCUUAUCAAAGAUACGUGUCAGAAAUCAUUUUGUGCAAGUAAAAUGUCAGUGUGUUUGACAUUUCCAAAAGAUAACACAGCACAGAAGAAUAACCAGUACAAAGACCUGGAAGAGAUACUCAAACCAGUUAGUGAUCACAAGGAACAAAUCAUUAAGCAUCAGUGUAAAGACAGUUCAUUUGUAUGUAGCUUCAAGGCCAUGAAUAAAAAUAGGUUAGAUCCCAACAAAGCCUAUGAGGUCAGGAAGACACCAGCUCAGAUUUGGGAAGAAAGUAAGGUCCAUUGUGAAAAUUAUUUUUCAAAGGACAGGAACCAUUCCCUUAUUGAUGACCCGUUCCAAGUGAAACUAGACAUUCAGGCUACAGUAGAGACUUCUUGUGUACUACAAUCUUCAGCAAGUUGUGAAAGCUCAACAAGUGACAGUACUAAGUCUCUAAGCAAAGAAAGAUCAAGUGAAGACAGAGACAAAUACGACAUAGUUGCAAAGCCUUGUACAAAUGAACCACGCCACAAACAUAGACGGUUGAGUACUGACAGUGAUCUUUCAGAGGGUACAGAUGGUCAAAUGAAGAAUACCAUGAUUACAUCACCACACAAGUGCCAGAAACUUGGGUAUGACCCUCACAUGCUGCAAAGUAAGCACUUCUGGCCAGGCUUUGUGGACACACACUGCCAUCUAGACUUCCUGUUCCGGCACGGCAACCAUAACUCAACCAGCCACGCUCGUUUCCAGGCUCAAUGCCGAGGCCAUGAUGCCUACCCAGUCUCCUUUGAGGGCUGCAUUGCCGUCUUCUGCCAGCCCUGGACUUUUCGGGAGACGUCAUGGUGGGAAGGCUUCCUUAAGGAAGCGAAUGUUUGGGCAGCAUUUGGCUGUCAUCCGCAUUACGCUCAUUCGUUUGGCAAGGAGGAAGAAGAACAGCUCAGGCUCGCCCUGUUGAACCCAAAGGUGUUGGCACUCGGAGAAAUUGGACUGGAUUAUUCAAGCAGGAAUAAGAAGGUACCAGAGCAACAGAAGUCGGUGUUUAGACGGCAGCUGAAAAUUGCCCUGGAGUUCAGCAAACCACUCGUGAUUCAUUGUCGAGAUGCAGAGAAGGACUGCCUGGCUAUCUUGAAGGAGCUUGUCCCACAUAACUAUAAAAUCCACCGCCACUGCUUCACGGAAGGCUGGGAGGAGGCUCAGGAGUGGCUGAGUGCCUUCAGUAACCUGUACUUGGGUAUAACUGGGCUGGUGACCUUUCCGAACUCGGAGAGAGCAAAGAGACUUCAGGAAGUUCUCCGGCAGAUUCCGCUGAGUCGACUGCUGCUAGAGACAGAUGCUCCUUAUUUCAGACCUUAUUGUUACCAAGGGAGUGGACGCUGGUCCCACCCAGGCAUGGCCAUUCAUGUGGCGGCGCAAGUGGCUUCUGUCCGCGGCGAAAGUAUCCAAAAAGUCCUCGCACAUGCCAGAAGUAACACCAAGAUGGUCUACGGUGUUUGAAGAGAAGGGCGGAUGGAGUGGGCGAGCUGGGAGUGGAUUAUUUAAUUGUGGUUAUGGCUAGGAUUCUUAUGGAAGAGUGAGACUGAGUGUUUGUGUGUGUAUAACAUAGAAAGUGUGUGUGUGUGUGAGAUGGAGAUGUAAAUGUGGGUCUGUGAUUGAGGGUGCUUGAGAUUUAGAGUGAGUGCAUAAGAGUUUAAAUGAGUGUCUGUAUGAGAUUUAAGGUCAGUGCAAAUAAAUUGAUAGGUAGAUAGAUAGAUAGAUAGACAAAGAAUAAGAGAGUGAGAGCGAGAGAGAGGGAGUGAGUGAGUGAUGGAAGAAGGAUAUGGCCCCAUGCCUUAUUGAAGAUACAAUAUGUAUUUUUUUUUAAUAUGGAAUAGAAUUUUGUAUAAUAUAAAUGAUCUGUUAUUUGGAGUAGAAUUCUUAAACAUGUUAUGUAUGUGUGAUUCACAUAUUAGUUGAUAUAGUUUUUAUUUGAUUAUGGAUAUUCUUUAAUGCAUCUGAGUUUGUAUAUUGUACAAGUUAGAUACCGAUGUAAUGUAAAGUAAAUU